AUGCAUACAGGCUUGAGCAUGUUAAAACAAUAUAGAGUACCUGUUCAGUGACUUCGACCAGACAAAUACACGACUAACAAAUUAUUUGGAUUUGUUGUCCUUAACGUUAGCUGUGUUGGCGUUUCAAACAUCAGAUGCUGCAGUUUUAAGGGGAAAUGACGCAAUCGGUACGUUUGCAUUUUUUUUGGAUGCAACCGCGGCACAUUGGAACUCUAUUUGGUGAUAAAUGAUCAUCGAACUAUUUCCUAAAUUAAUCGUGCCAAGCUACGUCUGUGGUGUCCAAGAGUGAGUUUCUGACAUCUAAGUUUCAAUGGCCGGUCCCGUGCUGCAACAGCCCAGUUAUUUACUGGCCAAUUUGAGAGCUGACUGGACCACAAAGCCUUUAUUACAACGAUGCCAAGAACUGGUAAAGGUGAUAGAUGAUUACCCUGCAAAGGAGCUGCAUCUCAUCUUUCCUUGGUUGGUGGAGAGCAUCUUUGGCAGCUUAGAUGGCGUCAUUGUUGGCUGGAACCUGCGCUCUCUGCCGCUCCGCACCAAUGAACAUGGGAUUGUCAUGGACUUUCUGGACCCGAGCGGGCCAAUGAUGAAGCUGGUGUACAAAUUACAAGCAGAGGAGUACAAGUAUGAAAUGCCUAUCAGUUAUCUCCCAGGCCCUGUAAAAGCAUCUAUCCAAGAAGGCGUCCUCCCAGACAGCCCUCUCUUUCACAACAAGCUCCAGUUCCCUGUGUCUGGCCUGCUGACAUUCAGUAUGUCUCUCAAUCCUUUUGAAUACUACAUGUUCAAUUUUGCUUCAAGUUUACUCUCACCAAAGACCUACGCUACUACGAAUGCCACCACCACAGACAAUGCAUACUUUGUGCUGGUGGACACCUACCUCAAAUAUUUCCUGCCUACAGAGGGCAAUGUGCCACCUUCACCGUUCUCUGAUACAAGAGGCACUGUGUCCCCUCCUGCGCCAAGGUCUCCCAGUGUUCCGUUUGUCGGGUAUGGUGCACACAGCACCAGCCUGCUGAAGCGGCACAUUUCCCAUCAGCCUUCAGUCAAUGCUGACCCAGCCGCCCAGGAAAUAUGGCGUUCAGAGACGCUUCUGCAGGUGUUUGUAGAGCUUUGGUUGCAUCACUACUCUCUGGAAAUAUAUCAGAAGUUGCAGUCUCCACAGGUGAAGUUGGCGUUGCUGCAGUAUCGCCUCAAUAUGUCCAGCAUGCUGUGCCAACCCCCUGCCCUGCCGGGCCCUGGGAGCCACCACACCUACCAAGAGCCCUUCAGCCCCACGGAGGAGCACGUGCUGGUGGUGCGGCUGCUGGUCAAACACCUCCACGCCUUCUCCAACAGCCUGAAGCCUGAGCAGAUCGCAUCCUCUCCCUCCACUCACUCCCACGCCAGCCCUCUGGAGGAGUUCAAGAGGGUGGUGGUCCAGCGGUUUGUUCAGCAGAAGCUGUAUGUCUUCCUUCAGCAUUGCUUUGGGCACUGGCCUUUAGAUGCCUCCUUCAGAGCGGUAUUAGAGACGUGGCUGAGCUACAUCCAGCCCUGGAGGUACCCAGGAGAGAAGAACCAACCAGCAGAUGGCCUGAUCAGAAGUGUUCCAGAGAAGUGGGCCUCCUUUGUGCAAGAAAAUCUGCUGAUGUACACCAAGCUCUUCCAGGGCUUUCUGAACCGAGCCGUACGCACAGACUUGGUCAACGCCAAGAAUGCUCAGAUGGUCUUCAGGGUGGCCAAAGUUUUUUCCCCUCCCAACUUGGCUGACAUGAUCCAACAAGCUGAGCAGCUGUUCCUGGAGCCGGAGCUGCUCCACCACCGGCAGCACCGGGUCUUUCUCACACCGUCGCACGGCGGCAGCUUCCUGUCCUCCCGCCAGGCCGUCACCACCGACACCGUCUUCAAGGUGAAGAGCCACGUGUACAGCCUGGAGGGCCAGGACUGCCAGUACAAGCAGAUGUUUGGCAAUGAGCUGCGGGGCACGGUGCUUAAGCUGGUGCAGAUCAUCGCUCAGGCGCGGCAAACGGCCAAGAGAAUAUCAGAUCACUCUGCCGAGGUGGCUGCCAACAACUCCUUCUUGUCCUGGUUUGGCAUGGGCCCAUCGGAGCUCAACAACACCUUCAACGGGGGCGAGGUGGACGACAUGGGCGAGUGCGUUAAGAAGACGCAUGAAUUCCUGGACAAGGCGCUGGACUGCCUGUGUCAGAUCUUCAGACUGAAUGCUGGACAGCUGUCUCAGGUUAUGGCCAAUAUGGCUUCAGCAGAAGACGACAUGGGAUCCAAACAGAUGCCCGACUGCAUUGUGGGAGAGAGUGGCCCCAUGCUGACGGACCUGGGCAGGAUGCAGAUCAUCAACGGACAACGCAGAUUUGAGAUUGAAUACCAAGGGGACCCAGAACUUCAACCUAUCAGGAGCUAUGAGAAUGCAUUCCUUGUUCGCCUCCUCUACCAGAUGUCCUCUUUCAUAAACAGUAGGUUUGGUAACCGCAUGGCAGCGCUGUGUUCGCGGACGGAUUUCCUUGGCUCUGUUGGACGCCACUACCUGAGAUGCUCCCCGGCCUCACGCCACAGCCCACCCACGCGGCGUAGCCUGGAGAGUCACACGCGACCGCGGCUCAGUCUGCGCGGACUGGCGAGCUACCGCACACUGCUUUCAGUCCUGCUCCUCUACCUGCUGGCAGCCCUGUUGUCAUUCGGCCCCCUCUCCAGCACAGCCCUCAUCCUUGUGGCUGGCCUGCUCUAUGAACUGCUCACCCACCUGUUGGUGGAGAAAGUCAAGUCCCAAUAAACGUUAGCGUGUGUAAAAAGAGCCCAAGACAAACUGUGUAGACUAUCAUACACUGCACUAUUGUGAGUGUGAGGGUCUAGACCAGUAUGAGAAGCUAGAGUUUUUAUUUAUUGAUCUGGGGGUUAGCUCUACCAGAGGAGAUAUGAUAUUUCCUCAAACUUUGGUCUUGUACAGUUUAUUUUCAUUAAAGGCGUUCCCUGACUUUGCUUUUUUUUUAAGCCACGUCUUCUAAUGAAACCAAAUAAGUGGUUCAGUUAAUUUUAGCUCAUUUUUAAUCAAGUGAAGAGUGUUAAUCAGUUUUGCAUAAGAGGAGCUCAUGGCUGAUUGUUGUAAAUUUAAUACCAACUAUGUGUUAUUUGCAUUUGUUGCUGAAACUGAAGCCUUUAUCUUGACUGCCAAAAUUUGCACUCACAAUUUUUAUAAACAAAAUGAA